AUGCAAGCCUCUCCGGAGAAAACCAACUACACCGUAAUCGCACCGAAAAGACACCGUCUCGCCAAGAUUGCAGAACAACUAAACCUCGUUCUUGCAGGCAAGCGAAUCGAGCCAUCCACGUCUGUCAAGAUAUUAGGGAUCACUAUUGAGGAGACCGGUAAGGCAGACAUCUGGCUCCAGGACACACUUAAACAUUGCAACUCUGCCCUUAAUGCCAUUCGGCGCAUCUGUAGCGCAAGGGGUGGAGCGUCAGAAGAAAUUGCCAGAAGAAUGGUUAAAGCUUUAGUAGUUUCGCGUGUCUGCUACGAGGCUCGACACUACUGGCUGACCAAGGCGCAAUGGCAGAAGCUCGAAGCUCUGAACAACCAAGCAAAAAGAAUAAUCACGGGCCUGCACAAGUUCUGCCCCCUGGGCAAGCUGAACGAACACGCUCAGAUUAACUCCCUACACGAAACCGUUGUUGCCCGCACGGUCGCACACGGGGAGAGACUUAAGCACACACGACAAGGGAGAAGGAUCCUGGAACUCCUAUUAAGAUGUACCGGAGACCUACCCAAGCUACCACAGGAACUCCCGCCAUGGGAAGAUCACGCAGAAAUCACAGACAACAAGCCAAGCACGCGGAAGGGCGACAAAAAGCAACAAGACCGCCUCGCUAGGGCACAUAUCAAGAUGACUGAGGCGUGGGAAGAAGGAACGAACGGGAUCGUGGCUGCAUACACGGACACUGCUUCGAUAGACGGCCCAGUCACUCUAAAGACCGCGGCUGUUAUCUUUCCAACACUAGGCACAAGCGCAACCAAGAACCUUCCAGCCCGCACCUCGGUGAAAGGGGGAGAACUUGCAGCAGUCCGCCUUGCCCUCGAGACGGCCCUUGCAUUACCUGAACCACCACCAGAGCAUAUCCGGAUAUUUACGGACUCUCAGGAAGUGGUAAAAGAAUGCAGAAAAUCAAGAAGCCCUAGCGUAGACGUGCGUAAUAUCAAGAAACUCGCCUCACUGCUACUAGCAAGAGGCACGACUACGAGAAUAGCCUGGGUUCCAGCACACGCAGGAAUACCCGGCAACAAAGAGGUGCAUCGACUCGCCCGCGCGUCCCUUCUCGCUCCCCGUGAACGAGACGAUACACCUUCACUGCAAGACCACGACCACGGCUACGCUCCCGUCCGCGAUCGGGCACCGGCUAGUCGAGCACGAGAGGAAGACUGCAACGAUGGAGGGUACGAUCCAGGAGAGGAACGUGCCCAAAUCAAGCAAGAAUACCAAUCAACACUCUGGGAGAAACUUCCCCCAACACCAAACCCUCCUCUGCCAACAGGGUUUGGAAGAAGGGCCAAGGUCCUCCUGACCAGGAUCAGAACAGACACAACAUUAACACCAGCGCGCAUAGCAUCUUGGAGCCGCGGGAAGAGAUCCGGCACCUGCACCAAGUGCAAUAUGGGUGCCAAGGCGGACACUUUUCACUUGUUGUGGGAAUGCCCCAAAUACAAGAUCACCAGGUCGAAGCACCGACCGAGUAACGUCGCCUCUCUGGAAGGUUGGACACACCCGCCAGGCGAAGAGGACAACAAGAGAAGCAUCCUGCGAAGUCUCAUAGAUUUCAUCUACGAGGCGAACCUGGAUAUCUUUAUUUAGCCUAGUUUAAUAUUUUCUUUUUUUGCCAGCGUCCAGACCUCGCAGCCGCCGACGCACUCCCCCAUCCC